GGCGGUGAACGUUUAAUCAUUUUGACCUCAUUCACCGGAAGUUUAGUCGUGCUAAAUCGGACAGCCCUUCGAGAGAGAGAAAAAAAAUAGAAAAAAAAAUUGAGGGGAAAAAAAUCGGUGAAUCCAAGGGGUUUGGGCGGAUUUGGACGAAGUUUCCGAACUGUCCCAGCCCGGAGUAGCCCUGGGGGUUGAAAGGGAAUCGCCAGCACCGAAAUUAUGGAAGAUUCCCAUUUCAACUCAUCAUACUUUUGGUCUCCCGUUCCAACAGUGCAAGGACAGAUUGAGAAUGCCAUGUUUCUGAAUAAGAUGAAAGAACAGCUGGGUCCGGAGAAGAGCGCUUCUUUUCCGCACUCGUCCACAGCGCACUACCCUACGGCGGUGCUGACGGUGCCAGGCACGGUCACCAUGGACGCAGGAUCUAUCGGGAGGGUGCCCAAACAAGAGGGUGGAGGAGGUGGUGCAUCAGGGGUGCAAAUGGGUGGCGUGGGAGCGCACCUGCACCCGCCUCACACAUCCCACAACAUCACGGUGCUGCCCGUACAGUCUACGGGCAUCAUGACAGCAGCGGGGUUGGUGAUCACGACUCCUCAGGGCACGCUGGUCACUCCUCCCGCCUCCUCUCAGUCUUUUGUUUCUGGCCCACCCACAACGACCAUGAUUGUGUCUGCGCUACACUCAUCCACCACAGAAGAUGGUUGGCCCCCCUCCCUCUAUCUUCACAGCCACAACAAGAAAGAAGAUGGCAGUAUUCCACCAGCUGUAGUCAUGCCAGCACCCUCGAAGCGUGGCAGAAAGAAGAAGUCCAUGAUGUCAAGGGUCGGCCCCAUUUCAACCCACACACUUGCCACAGGAAGUGAUGCGCUGAUUCUUGCACACCUGGCUGCUGGGGGACAGCACAACACAAGUGACCCCUAUGACCUCUCCAACGAUGAGGAUGAUCAUCCAGGCAAAGAUGGGAACAAGUCCUACAGGUGCCGGAUGUGUGCGGUGACUUUCUUCAGUAAAUCAGACAUGCAGAUUCACGCCAAGUCACACACUGAAGCGAAACCACAUAAAUGUCCGCACUGUUCCAAAUCCUUUGCCAACUCCAGCUAUCUGGCGCAGCACAUCCGCAUCCACAGCGGGGCUAAACCCUACACCUGCUCCUACUGCCAAAAAACCUUCAGACAGCUCAGCCACUUACAACAGCAUACACGAAACCACACAGAGGGCAAACCGCACAAGUGUCCUCACUGCUCCAAAUCAUUUGCCAACUCCAGCUACCUGUCCCAGCACAUCCGUAUCCACAGCGGGGCCAAACCCUACACCUGCUCCUUCUGCCAGAAAACCUUCAGGCAGCUCAGUCACCUACAGCAGCACAACAGGAUCCAUACUGGUGAUAGGCCGUACAAGUGUGUCCAUCCCGGCUGUGAGAAAGCUUUCACCCAACUUUCCAACCUCCAGUCUCAUCGGAGACAGCACAACAAGGACAAGCCAUACAAAUGUCACAAUUGUAACCGUGGUUACACAGAUGCGACUAGCUUGGAGGUUCACUUGUCUACACACACCGUAAAACAUGCCAAACUCUACUCUUGUGGCCUCUGCAAUCGUGCAUACACAUCUGAGACGUACCUGAUGAAACACAUGCGAAAACAUAACCCUGACCCUCUGACGGUAGCAGCUGCGGUGGCUGCUCAGCAAGCCCAGCAGGGCCAGAACCCGGCUCAGCCCCUGGGCAGGGGUCGUGGGCGAGGUAGAGGUGCUGGAGCUGUGGCUGCAGGUGCCGGAACAGCGUCUCAAGCACAGAACCAGCCCAAUCCCACGGCACCAACCAGUUAUUCUGUUACAGAGGGAUUGCCCUGCCCUUUCGACCUGCAUCAGUACAAAACCGUUUCUGCUGGAGAGAUCCAGUACAAGCCUGUCAGUGUGGCCGACUUGGUGGCCCACAAAGAUCUCUGCCUCACUGUUUCAACGUCGGCCAUCCAGGUGGAGCACAUGAACUCGUAGAGGAAUGAACUCCGAGAGAAGACAUGGACCAUGAAUUGGGAAGGAAAUAAAAACACUGCCUUUGGACAAAAGAGGAGCUCCAAAUACACAACUGGCAGUUUGAAGGCGAGUGCAGGUUUAGUGACGGAGAGGAAAAGAAGGGCUUUCAGGAGAGCAGCACAUGAACAAUGCAAAUUGUCUUUCUUAAGGCUUGCUCUGCAGUGUCUCAGAAGAGGCUUUAAGGUGUCAUGAUGGCUUACUUUAUUUAGUGAUCAUUUAUAUACUAGUAAUGUCCAGCACCCAACCCCCCUACACACACAUUUUGUCACUAUACCGUGCAUUACCACGAUAACAGUUUAACUAUUAGAGGAAUAAUUCACCCAAAUAUGAUAAUUCAUCAUUUACUAAACUUUGUCAUCUCUAACGUGUAUGACUUUCUUUCUUCACAAACUUAAGAUAUUUUAAUGGAUACAUGAUGUCUGUUUGUCCAUAUAAUGAAUGAAUGGUGACAAAUUUCCAAGCUCCAAAUAGGACAUAAAUGCAGCAUAAAAGUAAUCCAUUAGACUCCAGUUGUUUAAUCCAUGUCUUCUGAAGCAAUCCAAUCGAUUUUAGGUGAGAACAGACCAAAAUAUAACUCCUUUUUCACUAUAAAGCUUUACGUCCUUGGCCAUCAUGAUUUCAAACUUGAUUUCACUUUCUAGCACUCUGUGCAUGCAUCAAGCACUAGGAUGUGUAAUCGAGCUUGAAAUCAUGAUCGAGCCUAGAGAUUGCAACAGCAAGUUGUACAGUAAAAAUGAGUUACAUUUUGGUAUGUUGGCGAGACUAAGCUAUAAACUUUGAGUUCAUUUUCAUACCGUGACUGUGCAAGAUUUAAUAACAUGGGAAACAUUUUAAACAAGUAUUUAUGUUUACUUUUCUGGUUAACAGACUAGCACAUGCUUUUAUCAAGUUGUGAAAACCAGCUUCCACUUAUUUCACGUUCAUGCUGAACACAUUUAGACUGCAGAGUUCCUGUUUCUUCCGGUUUACAAAAUGGCUACUAGUUUACAUUCCCUGGAGUAUUCCAGAGCCUCUAAUGGUGCUUGCAUACUUGCAUUGCAUUUUUCCAGUACGAGUCAUGAUCUCAAUGCAUGCUCGAUGCAUGAAAAAGCUUUCUAGUUUACCAUUUUCAAAAUCCUACCACACUUGUAAGCUGUUAUGAAGUUUUAAUGCCUUGAUGACACUGCUUUGCUUGCCUCCUGAUUGACAUUUUGAGUAAAAGUGCAACUGGUUUGUCACUACCGGCUGAGAGGCCUGUUGGAAAUUGGAAGGAGGUGGCUAAGUUAUAAACUGCACUAGAGUGGUGGAAAAAAGCUAAAGGUUACAUGGGAUAUGGCACUUAAAUGAUCGUUUUUUUUUAUUCAUUGACUCUGUUUUUCAUCAUUUACAUUUUAGCCAUUUAUAACAUGUAUGUAUUUUUAUAUUGUCCUUGUGUAUGUAUGUAUAUGUAUAUAUGUGUGUGUGUGUGUGUGUGUGUGUGUGUGUGUGUCUUUGAAGGGUUGAUUGAAAGAGCACGUGAGAGAACAUUUAAAAAAAAAAGGAGAUUUAUGUGUGGAAACAUCUAUAAAGUUGUCAGAUUUUUUAACGGAAAAGAGUCCAGUCGUUUUAUAUUCUUUUGACCCUCCCAACUGUUUUUUUUUGUUUUGUUUUCAGAAAGGGAGGGGAUAAAAAUGAUUGUGCAAACAACAAUUUGUUUACCAGGUACUAUUGGGUAGUUUUUUGUUAUGUUUUAAACCUUUAAUACCAACUACUAUAUCAACUGUUCUUUUUUUAUGCAAUUAUAUUCAUUAUUAUCCACUGGGAGUUACUGUGUACAUAUAGAGAAUGUGUUCAUUCUGAAAAAAGGGAAGGGUUGGCUUCUGGUGCAGUUGAAAUAUGAUUAUUUUUUACAUGUAUUAAAAGGCAACAUUAGGGAUCAGAAUAAAGGUUGUUAACAUAUUGCUAAGCCAUUUAAUCACUGACAUCCACGAUGCCAUCUGUGUCCAGUUAGCAGCCAGGUGAAUGGCUGGUCCUACAUGUAUAAUCCUUGUUGUAACCCAUUAUAUGUCUUUGGAAAAUAACUCCGUUCUCAAUAUUAUUAUAUGUGCAACUUCUUUCGCUCCUACUACUUAUUAACUACUCUUUAAGAUGACUUUGCUGUAUAAACUCUCAUUCAUCAAACGUAACUGUUUCUCCUAAUAUGAACAAUAAAAGAAGAUUAAAAGAAAAACAAUU